AUUUGAAAAUUCGUAAGGAGGGGCGUUCGUAACUAGAGGUACCACUGUGCAUGGAAGUUCAACCUUCCAGGAUGCUAAUGCACAGGACCACUUUGGACCCUUCUGUUCAGUACCCUUCCAGAAUUGCAGAAGCCACACAGCCAUUGCAACAACAGUAGUUCUUGCCUUGGACCUCUGUUUCUUGCAUUGUCAGUCAAAAGCUUAAGCUUCCCAUAAGGUUUUUCAAUGUCAGAUAAUGUUUUCCUUGGAAAAGGAGUGGACGUCAGUGUGCUAUAUCACCUGCAAGCUCUUGGACUAGGAUAUACAUGUCUCUUCUGGCCUAGCAGAUUUAGUAAUUGAAAGCUCGUGCUCUUUAAUUUGUUGCCUCUUUUCAGCCUCUUUUUUAUAUCCUCAGUGAUCCAGUACAGCUUCACCACUAUUUUCGUGGCUGCUUUCCCCCUUGCACCACUUCUGGCCUUUGUCAAUAACCUUAUUGAGAUUCGGUUGGAUGCUAUCAAAAUGGUGAGACUGCAGAAGCGAAUGGUGCCCAAGAAAGCUAACACCAUUGGUAUCUGGUACUAUAUCCUAGAAGCAAUUGGUAUACUGUCUGUAAUCGGCAAUGGCCUCGUUAUUGCCAUCACCUCAGAUUUCAUCCCCAUGCAGGUGUACAAAUAUACAUUCAGCCCAUGCAAGCAGAAGAACUAUACUGGCAUUGACUGUUUGACAGGUUAUAUCAACCACAGCCUUUCAGUGUUCAACAUCCAGCACUUUGAGAAUACUGUGACUCUGGUGGACCUUAAGGACCCAGUGGGGAAUGUGAUAACCCACUGCAGGUAUCCAGACUACAGGAACAGUGAUGACUACAGUUAUUCUAUUGAGUUUUGGAAUAUUUUUGCUGCACGUGUUGCCUUUCUAUUUGUAUUUGAACAUGUGGCUCUUUGCAUUAAACUAAUUGCAGCAUGGUUGGUACCUGAUGUGCCCAGAAGGGUUAAAAAUCAGCAUCUGAAAGAAAAACGUAACAGGCUGUUGGCAAAGCUCAGGUAAGUGUUUAUUUAAUAUCAAAAAAUAAAAGAUAUACAAAACUCUCAAAAAUCCAGCAAUGGACACAAAGACUGCCAGUUGACAAUUGGGGACAUUAAUAUUUUCCAAAUGUAUACAUCUCCUUCUUUGCUCUACUGUUGGUACCUCUUGAUUCACUAAAGAUGCAUAAGAGCAGCAAAUACUUGAUUGUAAGAAAGCUUAUUCCCUGAGAACCUUUCAGAAAUAAACUGUCAAAGACCAGGAUUAGCAUACCACAGUAAACUCAACUGCUUUGGCUCUUGGAGUUCUUGCGAGCCCUGCAUGUUGACGCUGUGCACUAACUGUGGACACCCUUUAGCGUUCUGUGCUUUUUGAACCGAACAGAUAGAACCAU